CUAUGAAAUCUUGCACGAGAUGUAUGCGCCUAACGGCCAGAGAAGUUCCGGACAGGCUGCCAACAUACUCGCCAAUAAUAACCAACCGGGCGAUGGUACAACUUCUAAUUCCAACCAGCCUCCCAAGCUCGCCGAAGUGUUUGCGAGUCAGCUCGGCCGCGAUUCCCCCGUCUUUCGGGCGCUGCAAACCCGAAUGCUGGAAGCGCACGAAGCGCAGGGAAUUAGCAAGAUGAAUGCGGGAACAUCAAAUGCAGUCGUUGGGAGCUUGGUUGACAGGCAGGUCGGGACCACAUUGUCGAACAACAGCAAAAAGAACAACGCUUCAUCGGAACUUCUGCAGACGAAGAAUGCAGCCGCUUCGGGUAACCUUUCCUUGCUGAACGUGG